AUGUCGUUCCCACUCAAGCAGCCCAAGACCCGACAGACGGCCUGUGGCGGUGAUCUCCUCGCCCAGUCUCUCGCGCACCUUGGUGCAACUACAGCAUUUGGACUUCACGGUGGACAUCUCGAUCCCUUCCUCGUCGCCGCUGUUGAGGCCGACAUCAAGCUCAUCGACGUCCGACAUGAGACCGUCGCUGUGCAGGCUGCCGAAGGCUGGGCAAAGGUCAAAGGCAACAACGUUCCUGGUGUUUGCUUCUUCACUGCCAACUCGGGCUUCGCCAACGCCUAUCCUGGCCUGUGUACCGCCUUCGCCGACCGGUCUCCAGUGUUCUGUGUUACCAGCUCAGCUCCGCCCCGCGAUGACCACACCAACGCGCUGCAAGGGUUCCAUGAUCAAGUCACCCUGUCGAAGCCAGUGACCAAGUUCUGUUAUCAAAUCACCGAAGUCAGCGAGAUUCCCCGGAUUGUCAAUCUAGCGUGGCGGGCGACCACGUCGGGCGCGCCUGGACCGGUCUUGGUGGACAUUCCGAUUGAUGUGCUGUCGACGCCAGUCGAGAGCAUUUCGUGUGGGGGACUUCUUUCCGGCUUGUCAUUGAACCCUGCUCCACACCCUGAAGCCAUCGAAAAGGCACUUGGUCUAUGGAAGAACGCAAAGAGACCUGUCAUUAUUGUUUCCACCGGCGCCGCCAGUGCAGUUGAAAACGUCACAAAACUGGCAGAGGCAACGAACACGCCCAUAUUCCACUCGCCAAAGUACUCAACGUCCAUCAAGCGUUCUCAUUCUCUGUUUGGUGGAUCAGCCACGCAACUUGCGGUCUUGCGCUACCUCGGCGGUCAAGUCCCGGACUUUGUGCUCUUGUUGGGAGCUCGAACGGGGUUCUUGAUGGGUGGUAGAAGUGGCGGGAUCAUCCCGAAUGAAGGCGAAGCCAGUGUUGUCCAAGUCGACCUGGACGGCGGGGAGAUUGGGCGAUCUCGGACUAUUGACGUUGGCAUUGUCGCAGACGUAGGACAGGCGGCAGAUGCGAUGAUAGCCGCGGCAUCAAAGUCGCCCUUCAAAGCAGCAGAUGACUGGGUGGAGAAGACCAUGGGUCUGAAGAGCUCUGCCGUCGCCUCAGCCCCGAACGAAAAGGAGCCCGUGAUUCUCCUAGAGAACAACAGGUUACAUCCAUAUCACGCCGUCAAGAAGUUGUUCCAGUCGUUGCCAGAAGACAGCAUUGUCUGUGUUGAUGGCGGUGAGGCUGGCGGAUGGGCUCUUCAGUGCCUGAACGAGGCCAGACCCCGACUGUCCAUGGUGACGACAGGUUACCUGGGGUGCCUUGGGAAUGGCUGGGGAUACUCGCUAGGUGCUGCUGUGGCUUUUCCAGACAGUUUGGUUGUCAACUUGCAGGGCGACGGCAGUGCAGGCUUCCACAUCGGCGAGCUUGACACGUACGCCAAGUACGACUUGAACGUCCUCACCGUCAUCGUCAACAACGCCGUCUGGGGUAUGUCUCUGGCAGGACAGGAGAUUAUCUACGGUGACAAGACCCCGCAGCGGCCUUGUAUUGCGAUGAACCCCAAGGUAAAAUAUGAGGUCGUCGCGCAAGGCUUCGGCUGCCUAUCUGCCGUAGUCGAUGUCCAUCGUGAUGACAGCUCUGAGAGUGAUGGCUCCAAGACGUUGGAGUCGCUGAAGCAGACCGUCGGUAGUCUGUCGAGCUCCAAGAGUCCAGGACUGCUCAAUCUCAACGUUUCCGAUGUGCCAUAUCAAGCGACCACCAAGGCCAUGGUUGGGCAAAGUGAUGACCCAAAUAUCAUAGUCAUCCCUUACUAUGACAAUGUGCCUAAACCGUAUUACAAGGCCGGAACGCCCAAGACGGCGAAUGGCAAGGCUGAUGAUAGCUUUGUUGAGGGUCACGGAACGAUUGGAUGA